CAAGAAACAGCUUCAAGGUCUCAUACCUUCAAAACCAAGUCUUUUAAGAAAUCCAAAAUUUGUGGAAUCUGCAAACAAGUAAUUGAUAGCCAAGGCAUUUCCUGCAGAGUUUGCAAGUAUGCCUGCCACAGGAAAUGUGAAGAAAAGGUGGUGACACCCUGCUUUUUUCCAAGCAACUACGAUCUGGUUAAUAACUCUGAGACCGUUAAAAGUCAUGUAACCAGAACUAAUUCCAGCAGUGCUUCAAAGAACUCCUCCUUCAGUUGUGACAAAGGAUCACGAAGUGCAGACUUUGAUCACAUUAUGGAGGAAGGCUAUGAACUUGACCUCACUUACAUCACAGAGCGGAUCAUCGCUGUGUCCUUCCCCGGCAGCUGUUCUGAGGAAACUUACCUCCACAAUUUACAGGAUGUAACCCGAAUGCUCAAAUCCAAACAUGGAGAUAAUUACUUGGUGUUAAACCUCUCUGAAAAGAGAUAUGACCUUGCCAAGCUUAACCCAAAGAUCAUGGAUGUGGGGUGGCCUGAUCUCCACGCUCCGCCUCUCGAUAAGGUGUGCACCAUCUGCAAGGCUAUGGAGUCAUGGCUGAACAGUGAUCCUCAACACGUGGUGGUGAUCCACUGCAGAGGGGGCAAAGGAAGGAUUGGCGUAGUCAUAUCAUCGUAUAUGCACUUCACCAACGUUUCUGCAAGUGCUGAUCAGGCUCUAGACAGAUUUGCUAUGAAGAAAUUCUUUGAUGAUAAAGUUUCAGCUUUAAUGCAGCCAUCCCAAAGAAGAUAUGUACAAUUCUUAAGUGGCCUUCUCUCUGGAUCUGUGAAAAUGAAUGCAACCCCUCUUUUCCUGCACUAUGUUAUCCUUCAUGGCAUCCCAAGCUUUGAUGCUGGAGGAGCUUGCCGGCCUUUUCUGAAGUUAUACCAGGCUAUGCAACCAGUUUAUACAUCUGGAAUAUAUAGCGUAGGGCCAGAAAAUCAAAGCCGAAUCUGCAUUGCUAUAGACCCUGCCCAGCUUUUGAAGGGAGAUAUUAUGCUGAAGUGUUAUCACAAAAAGUACCGGUCAGCUACUCGUGAUGUGGUUUUUCGCCUUCAGUUCCACACUGGAGCCAUUCAAGGACAUGGGCUGGUGUUUGGCAAGGAGGAUUUGGACAAUGCCAACAAAGAUGACCGUUUCCCUGAUUACGGCAAAGUGGAAUUAGUGUUUUCAGGAACUCCAGAGAAAAUUCAAGGAUGUGAACACCUUCAGAAUGACCAUGGAGUGGUAGUUGAUUACAAUACCUCAGACCCACUAAUACGCUGGGAUUCCUAUGAAAAUAUGAGCCCUGAUGGGGAAGUGCUGCACACCCAGGGGCCCAUCGAUGGCAGCUUGUACGCAAAGGUGAGGAAGAAGAGCUCUUCAGACAGCAGCAUCCCUGGCGUUGCUCAGGGUGUGCCCGUGACUGGCAGUCCUGAUCACAGCGACCAUACCCUGUCCGUCAGCAGCGAUUCGGGACACUCGACAGCUUCCAUCAGGACAGACAAGACUGAGGAGCGUCCUGUGCCAGGAGUCAAGCGGGGUCUGAGCCCACAGGAGAAGGCAGAACUGGACCAGCUACUCAGUGGCUUUGGUCUGGAGGAUUCUGUCAACACCACCAAGGAUAUGACCGACGCUCGCAGCAAGUACAGUGGGACUCGCCACAUAGUGCCAGCUCAGGUUCAUGUCAAUGGGGACACCAAAGUGAAGGACAGGGAGACUGACAUUCUGGAUGACGAAAUGCCUAAUCAUGACCUCCACAGCGUGGACAGCAUUGGGACUUUGUCUUCCUCAGAAGGGCAGCACUCCACCCACCUAGGGAACUUCAGUUGCCACAAGAGCAGUCAGAAUUCACUUCUUUCAGAUGGCUUUGGAAGUAACACUGCAGAAGACCAUCACAAUGCUUUUGCCCCAGACCUGGGAAUUGGCGUGGAUUCUCUCUACGAGAGAUCGUUUGGAAACACCGAGCCAAAGUCAACUCAGCAAUUGCAACGGAAUCCUUCUGUCUCACCCCAGCCUCAAGCCUAUGGCCCAAGUAACUACUCUACGCAGACCUGGGUACGCCAGCAGCAGAUGGUCACUGCUCACCAAUAUGGUUUUGCCCCAGAGAAUGAAAUGAGGGUUGGCAUUCAUCACGCUGUGGAGAAUUCGGGCAGUGUCCAGAGCCAGUCCCGAGUCCCAGACACCCCGACACGUGGCUCCAGCAGCAGAGAUGCUGUGCAGAGGGGGCUAGGAAGCGUGCCAGCUCCCGCUGAAGCUGCAGAACAUGCCAGCUCCGAGAGUUUUAAGUCAAGGCCAGUACCUCAGAGGCACAUGAAUGGCCUGGAUCUAGGACAGAGCGCAGGGGAUUUGCCAGCUUCUCCAACUUUGGAUAUCGAUCAGUCCAUUGAACAACUGAACAGGCUGAUCUUGGAGUUGGACCCUACAUUUGAACCUAUCCCGACCCGCAUUAACACUGUCACCAGGGACAGAAAUCAAGUGAAUGGCUUCACGAGCCUUGACGUAGACGUGGAAGGGCUUGGCAGGAGUCCUGGCUUCCAUGACAAAUUAGAGGUGACCAACAGGAAUCCCUCCCGGCACGCAACAGGUAUGCAAGAUGACGAUGCAAGAGGGGGAAGGAUCCGAAAGUUAAGUGUUGGGCAGUAUGACAACAAUGUCCCUGGGCAGCCAUCGUACAGCAGGUGUGGAUGGAUGAAGUCUCCUGCUCCUGACCAGACUGGGAAUCCAGGAUCACCGAUUCCUGUAGGGGAAACCAAGGAGAUGGCUGUUGCACAUUACCAAGAUGAAAUAGAUGGGGGAAUCUUCUCCCCAACAAAAAAUGAAGCUGUCCCAUCCACACCAGCUUUUCCUCUGUCACCAGAGACAUCAUAUGUGAAAACACCUCCACUGUACCAUCAGCGGAUUCCCCCCAGCCCAAAGGUCAGCAGCCCGUCUGAGCUGUACAGAACCAGUCCUG